CAGCGCUGCCCGGGAGGAGGCGGGGAAGGGAAGGGAGGAGGCGAGGGAAGGAGCUGGCAGGGCGGCUCUCCCGGCCCGCCACAAGGUAAGCCUUGCUCGCCGGGCGGGCGGGAGAAGGGCACUGGCGGCGCCGCGGGGCCUCUUCCCCGACCUGCCGAGCAGCAGCGCCUCGGCGGGGCGCCGCUGCCGCCCGCUCGCGGCCGCGCAGGAAGCCGAGUGCGGGCUGCGGCGGCGGCUGGGCGCUGCGCGGCGCCGGCACUCGGCGAUGGGCUGGCGGCCGCGGCGGCCGGACAGCAGCGGGGGCCGCCGCCGGGCUCGCAGCUAAGGGGCGAGGAGGAGGAGGAGGAGGGACCAUGGCAGCAUCCAGCAACUCCAGUUUGUCCGGCUCGUCGGUUUCCUCCGAUGCUGAAGAAUACCAGCCUCCAAUAUGGAAAUCAUACUUGUAUCAGUUACAACAAGAGGCACCGCGUCCCAAGAGAAUCAUUUGUCCUCGGGAGGUGGAGAACAGACCAAAGUAUUAUGGAAGAGAGUUUCAUGGGAUCAUUUCUCGAGAGCAAGCAGAUGAAAUACUUGCCGGCGUAGAAGGAGCAUAUAUUCUUCGAGAAAGCCAGAGGCAACCCGGCUGCUACACUCUUGCUCUCAGGUUCGGUAAUCAGACCUUAAACUACAGGUUGUUCUAUGAUGGGAAGCACUUUGUUGGGGAGAAAAGAUUUGAAUCAAUCCAUGAUCUGGUAACAGAUGGCUUGAUAACAUUGUACAUAGAAACAAAGGCUUCUGAGUAUAUUUCGAAAAUGACGACAAACCCCAUCUAUGAACACAUUGGAUACGCCACUUUGCUUAGAGAAAAAGUGUCCCGGAGGCUGAGCAGAACAAAAAAUGAAUCAAGAAAAGCAAGUGUAACAAGUGAAGAAAAUACCCCCGUUGAAAAGAUCACCUCCUUGGUCAGAAGAGCAGCCUUAACUCAAAAUGACAACCAUUUCAACUAUGAAAAAGCACACAAUUUUAAGGUCCACACAUUUCGAGGUCCGCACUGGUGCGAAUACUGUGCCAACUUCAUGUGGGGUCUCAUCGCUCAGGGAGUGAGAUGUUCAGACUGUGGGUUGAACGUACAUAAGCAGUGCUCCAAAUAUGUGCCCAACGACUGUCAGCCGGACCUCAAGAGAAUAAAGCGAGUCUACUGUUGCGAUCUGACCACACUAGUGAAAGCCCACAACACCCAGAGGCCGAUGGUUGUGGAUUUGUGCAUCCGAGAGAUUGAAGCAAGAGGUUUGAAGUCUGAGGGCCUCUACAGAGUUUCAGGCUUCACUGAGCACAUUGAAGAUGUGAAAAUGGCCUUUGAUCGAGAUGGUGACAAGGCUGAUAUUUCUGCCAGUAUCUAUCCAGACAUAAACAUUAUUGCUGGAGCACUGAAGCUAUACUUCAGAGACUUACCGAUUCCUGUGAUCACCUAUGACACCUAUUCCAAGUUCAUAGAGGCAGCAAAAAUCUCCAAUCCUGAUGAACGACUAGAAGCAAUCCAUGAAGUGUUGAUGUUACUCCCUGCUGCUCACUAUGAGACACUUAGAUACCUAAUGAUUCAUCUCAAAAAAGUUACUUUGCAUGAAAAGGAGAAUUUUAUGAAUGCUGAAAACCUGGGAAUAGUGUUUGGGCCUACUUUAAUGAGACCUCCAGAGGACAGUACCCUUGCUACUCUGAAUGACAUGCGGUACCAGAAGUUAAUUGUGCAAAUUUUAAUAGAAAAUGAAGAUGUUCUCUUUUAGACCGAUAGAGACAUAUCUUCAUAGCCAUUUAUUUUGAAACAGUUAGUUUGAAGGAAAAAUACAUUUCUUUACAAUUUUUAAAAAAUGAAGGAAAAGUUCCUUGGCUGCACUUCAAUUUCUGCAAAGUUGCAGAUAGAUGCCAAAAUGCUUAGGGAAAGCCUAUGUCUCAUAGACAUAUGCCUCUUUGCAGAAGGGAAAAAAAAGGUCAGAAAAAAUCCUCUUACCUUGUAUCUUUUGCCUUGCCUCAGAUGUAUAUUUGUUUUGAGAAGUUGCAAACAAUUUUAUUGUUAACUUAUUAAGAAACACAAAACAUAUUUUAAUAUGGCUAGAGAAGCAAAAAGGUACUUAAUCAGUGUUACUUGUAUACAGCUAUACAUUUUCCCUCUCCAUAAGACAUAAUUAUAUAUGUCAAUUGUGAAACAGAACCUAUAUUAUAAAGAUAUUUUUACUUUACCUAGCUGAAAGAAUGGCAUUUUAUUUUAGCGAACUAUAAACCAAUGCGGUGCAUUGAUUAUUUUCCACAUAAUUCUCUCCUGCAUUUUUGCUAUGAUAUAUUGAAAACAAUUACCACUAAUGCAGUAUUAUCCUGACAUACCUCUUUCAUUGCAAAUGUUUUAAAGGAGAAUUCUUUUCUUAUGUGUAUUCCAACUUUCUUUAGGUUUCUUUCUUUGUAUUUUAGGCACUGGCAUUCUAAGAUUGUAUAGUACACUUUUAGCCAUUUGGUAUUUCUGAAAACGUAUAGUAUUUUCUCUUUUUUUCUUUUUUUUUACUCCCAUGUCAAAUAUGGUAUUGAGAAUUUUCAAAAGUCCUGGUGGUAGUAUCAGUUUCACAUGCCAGAUUUUUCUUGGAUUACAGUAAGUUAAGUGAUGCUGGGACACUGGAUAUUUUCUGGCCUUGUUGAAAAGUUAGCACUUUUUUGGGUUAAUUAUGAAGGAUUUGGUUUUUCUGUAAAAAUCAAGCUAUGUUUUGUCAUGUUUCUGUAUUUAUAAACGUACAGUAAAUCUGCUGAAAAUGUAGGUAUUUCUCUUGAAUGUGUUUCCUGAUGGUUUGUUUUAAAAAAACAAGAAUGUGUAAGAAAUGUGGGAGUUGGUAAAUUUAAUUAUUACCAAAUUUUAAUACAUUUCUCCCCUCACAGACAUUGACCUACAGAGUUCAUAGUCUAACUUCAACUUAUUCCUAAUGUUAAAACUGUUCUCAGCAUGAGGUGUUUCUGCAAGCAUAGCACAUUAGCAUACUUUACUACCAAACUCAAUUUUCAAUACAAAAAGAUAUAAUAAUCCCUCAUCUUGAUUGUUUGAAUCAUAUGCUUGGUAACUCAGUGAUGCAGUUUCCUGAAUUAUUUCAGGGAGCACUUGUUUCUAUUCAAAUUGAAAAAUAUGUGUAACUAUGAUAAUGAAGGGAGGUGGAGGGUAUUACUGUAAAUUUGUUGUCUUCUAGAGAAGUAACUAAGGGCUAGAUAGAUUAACCCAGAUUGCAGAGCAAAUGCUAAAUAGUCUGAGUACCCAGUACUUCUAUAGGUCCUCCUGAAUUGUACAGGACUAUUUGUUGUAGGUUAUGUACUACUUAAUACUGUCAUAAAAAUGAUCUGGAAAUGGUUUUAUUUUGUGAAGUGAAAUAUGCUUUGUAAUUUAUGAUAGUGUAAAUGGAAGGAAAAUCCCAUUAAAUGUGUUAAACGGU